AUGGCGGGCGCAGCGGGAGCAGUCGCCGCGAGCGCAGGCUGGCUCGACUCGGCCCCGCUCCGCGACUACUGGACCGCGCUUGCGGCAGUCCUGGCCCUCUGUCUGCUCGCCUACCUGACCAACCCGACACCGGCGUCCUUCUCCACCCACGUCACGUCCCUGUGCUUCCACGCCCACAUCCGCCGCUGCGACCAACUCCCGCUCCACGCCGACUCGCACGGCAAGCAGGCGGCGACGACCCGUGCAGGCGGCACCGCGACCACCAACGGCACCUCGACAACCAGCGCUCACCCCAACGGCAAGGACCCGUCGAACCCGCCAGCGUCGGCGGCGACACACGGCAGGCGCAAGGGCCAAGCCGUAGUCGCCGUCGACCCUCGCGCUGCCGCCAAGCGCGCCGUCCCCGACCGCCACGUCCUGUCGUUCUCGAACCGCAUCAACCUGUCGAUCAAGACGCACACGUACAGCUACACGUCGUACCACCUGUUCAGCACCGUCUUCGUCCCCUCGACGCGUCCACCGCCCGCGUCGGCCGGCCUGCGCAAGCAGCAGCGCCGGCACCCCGAGCUGAGCGCGCUCCUCGGCCUCGGCGGCGAGCUGUGGCUCGGCCUGUUCGGCAACUGGUACGCGCUGCGGUGGUGGGCCGGGUCCGAGGGCGAGGACGGCGAGCGCAAGGGCCGGCUCGAGACGGGCGUGCGCGAGAUGAGCAUCGAGGACGACGAGCGCGAUGCCGACUUCCCGACCUCCUCGGCCAACCCUUCGACUGCCGCAUCCGCCUCUGGCGCCUCGACUCCCGCCUCGCAUCCCCUGUCGCACAACCCUUCCAGCUCUAUCGACCACCGUGUAUCCGUACCCCUCUCCUCCACCGUCGACCCGACCUCGCCGCCGUCCCCAACCAAAACCUCGCCCGCCGCCGCCCGUCUCUCGAAGCGCGUCUUCCGCGCCGGCCAACGACGCUCGAGCCCGACGAGCCUCACGCGCCUCAAGACCAAGGCCGAGCACGCCGCUCGCGAGGCGGCCGAGGCCGAGCGCGCCGCGACCGACGACGCCGCGUCGACCACCAAGGGCGCGGCGGGCAGCUCGCUCGGCGCCGGCUUGGGCGACGCCGCCGGCAACGGCCUGUGCGGCGCCCCGGCGACGGACCCGAUCGUCGUCGAGCUCCAGGCGCAGCUCGACGAGCUGCGCGCGUCGGCCGUCGAGUCGGAGAAGCGCCUCCAGGACGAGCUCGAGGUGCUGCGCGGCAAGAAGCGCGACGAGGACGCGUUCCGAGCCGAGCUCAAGGCCAAGACGAAGCAGCUCGAGGAGGCCAAGCGGGCCGCCGAGGCGUCGCGCGUCGAGGCCGAGAAGGAGCUGUCGGAGCGCAAGGGCGUCGUCAAGGAGGCGCAGGGGCGCGUCGACAAGCUGCGCGACGAGAUCCGCGCGCUCGAGCGCAAGGGCCUCGAGGCGAUCGAGCGCAAGGAGAAGAAGAAGCGCGAGCGCAAGGAGCGCGAGAAGAAGUUGCGGGACGACGUGGCCAAGAAGCGCGACGAGCUGAGGGAGAAGGAGGAGGGCCUCGCCGACGUCAUGCGCAAGGUCGGCGAGAUGGAGCGCAAGCUCGAGGUGCGACGUGCGCUCCUCGCCGGCCGGCGCGCCGAGCUCGCCCAGUACGCCGUGUCGGGCAUGCGCGGCGGCGGCAUCGGCGUUGCUCCCGGCGGCGCCAUGUACGGCAUGGCCCCGCCGCACCUCCUCCCGGCCACGGCGACGCUCGGCGGCGUCGGCGCCAUGGCCAACGCGUUCGCGGCCCCGUUCGGCCAGGGCGGGUACGGCCGGCGCAACUACCCUUACGUCCACCCGCUCUCGGCCAACAACUCGCGCCCGACGAGCAUCCGCUCGGGCCACUUUGACCCGCACACGGGCGCGUUCCAGUCGGCCCCGUCGUCGCCCACCAUGUCGCACCCUGUGUCGCCUCACGACGACCCGUCGCCGUACGCCGCCCACCACUCGAACGGCGCGUCGGACCCGACCGGCGGGUGGCCGACCUCGUUCCCGAGCGCCGCCAACGGCGGCUCGCACGCCCUGCCCCAGUCGGGCGCCGCCGGCGCAGGUCACGCGGCCGGCUUCCUCGAGCACCGCAUGCAGCACCGCGCCGCGCACGGCGACGAGGUGCUCCCGGCCCACUUCCUGCCGUUCGACUUUGACGGCCUCGGGCCCGCCGCCGACGCCGACAACGAGCCGUCGCCUCAGCACCGCACGACACGCGCCGGGUCGCUCUCGAACGAGGCCGGCCUCGACGACCACUCGCCGGGCGGGACCGCGGUCGGCAAGCCUCGCACGCUCGCGCUCCCGAUGCAGUACCUCGACUCGGGCCUGCUCGCCGGCACCGACUCGCCCGGGCUCAUGGACGGCCCGUUGAGCCCGAUGACGCCGCACCAGACGAGCCUCAUCCCGAGCCAGCUGUUCCACCUCCUCGACGAGGACGAGGACGACGACGGCCUGUUUGUCGUUCCCGACUCGCCGACGCUCCGAGCCGGCGUCGGCAUGGGCCUCAAGGGCGUCGCCGACUGGCAAGGACUCGGUCUCGAUGCGGGCGCGCUCGGCGGCGGGCGGCGGGCGAGCGAGGAGGUCAAGCGCGAGGAGCCGGCGCCGGCGGUCGAGGACGCAGGCGACGAGCAGGCGGCCGACAAGGAGGCGCCGGUUGAGCGUCAGCGCUCCCCGCCCGUCCUCUCGCCUCGCGUCGAGGCGUUCGUCAACGCUGAGAUGGCCUCGACGACGACGUCGCCGAUCGGCCCGCCGCCGUCGUCGCCGUUCUCGCCCUGGGCGGCCGACCCCAUCGGCCCUCCCUCGGCGACGCCCUCGCCCGCCAUGACGCCCGCCACGAUCGGGUUCGACCUGUCGGCGCUCAAGGGCAUGUCGGCCGCGCCCGGGAGCGGCGGCGCGCACGCGCUGCACCGCGUGUCGCCGUCGCAGGACCUCGACGACGACCUGCCUCGCGCCGGCCUGUCGCUCAACCCGGGCGCCAAGGCGUUCGCGUUCCCGUUCGCGCAAUCGCACACGCGCACGUCGUCGGUCCCGUCGCCGCCGGCGUCCAUGGCGGCGGCUGUGCGCGCAACCCGCUCCGGCACCAUGUCGUCGUUCCCGGGCUCGGGCGACGGGCGCUCGGCGUCGACGACGACGGUCCCGUCGCCCAUCGCCGCCGCACCCGCCAUCCCUGCGCCCGUCGGCAGCGGCCUCGCCCUCUCGCCGCCGGCCAAGUCGCGCAUGGAAUUCGCCCGCGUCGUCUCGGACCCGGCCGUCACCUCGACCUCGUCCUCGGUCUCGGCUGCCGGCAUCGCCGCGCCGCUCUCGGCCCGCCUGUCGCCCGGGUUCGACUGGCCCUCGGUCGCGUCGGGCUCGCCCGUCUUUGCGGCGCCACAGGCCCCGGGCGCAUCCCUCGUCGGCGGCGACAAGGUCCCGACGCCGACCUCGGCCACGUCGGCCGCUCCCGGCUCGGCGCUCUUCAACCCGUUCGACGAGGAGGACGAGCUGCUCGGCCCGCUCAGGAAGUGA